AAGUUUGGAAAACCGAUUCUAGUUCAUGUUCAUUUUAUCUUUGGUCCUAAAACGUAUUUAAUGGUUUAAAACAGGAGGAAUCACUUGUGUUUCUGAACGUCUCCAGCACAUUUUGCACUCUGCAGCUUAAACUAACUUCCUACAUGAGGUCAGCAGAACUUUGACUGUUUCCCAAACAAGGUGAUAAAUUAAAGUCCUUGGCUAAGGGUGUGGAAGAACUCAGCUGUAUACAAAGCUCCUCGCAGCAGAUCCGCUCCUCCGCUGCUGCGUGCUGGAGGUGAAGCUCGGUGUGCACAGCUCAGACCUGCUGCAGAGGCUGCUGCCUUGACCAAAUGAGGAGCGUUCUCCUCCAGCUGAAGGCUGAACCAGGAUCAAACGGCGAGGAGGAAGGAAAACGUUAGAGCGCGGCAGCGAAUAUCAGACUGAAAGCUGAUCGAUUGGGAUUUGAUGACUCGCCGUCACAAACAUGGAGAUUAAAAUCUACUGAAACUUUACAUGAUUCAGCUGUUCAACAAGCCCCACAGCUCAUGGAGUCUCUUCUGCCUGUAUCUACGGCCUCCUGGUCUGAGAACAGCAGCUUGUUUGUCCCGUUCGGCCCGUCGGACGCUCCAGACCCCACAGACUGGCAGACGAUCCACACCGUCAUCCCUCCCUACAUCUUCAUCCUGUCGCUGCUGGGGCUUCUCCUCAACGGCUUCGUCCUGGCCGUGUUCGCAGCCCACAAGGACCGCCUGACCGUGGCGGAGAUCUACCUGAGCAACCUGGCGCUGGCCGACUUCCUGCUGCUGUGUGGCCUGCCGUUCUGGGCCAUGUACAUCCUGAACCAGUUCAACUGGUCGUACGGAGACGCUCUGUGCAAACUGGUCAACUCUAAUAUUGUCAUCAAUUUCUACACCAGCAUCUACACGCUGGUCAUGAUUAGCAUCGACCGCUACCUGGCGCUGGUGAAAACCAUGAAGGCGCGUUGGCUGAGACGGACGUUUUAUGCCAAGAUUUCCUGUUUCGUUGUGUGGAUGUUUGGGCUGCUUCUCAGUCUGCCAACCAUAGUUCACAGAAAGGUCAAGUUUAUUGAGGAGUACAAUACCACUUCCUGCAUUCUAGAUUACACCCAUGGGAGUUCUUGGAAGCUUGCCCAUCAGAUUAUGAUGAACACCUUAGGCUUCGCGCUUCCUCUCCUUGUCAUUGUUUUCAGCAGCUGGAAUAUAAUCAAGGCUUUGGCUCGGAGGACGGAAAACCUCGCAUUUCACGACUUCAACGAUACAAAGGCUACGGUGCUGGUCUACGCCGUCACGCUGCUAUUUUUACUGUGCUGGGGUCCUUUCCAGGUCCUCACCUUCCUCGACACGCUGUGUGAUGUGGAAGUGCUGGACGGAAAGCUGUGGUCUCACACUCUCAGCCUGGGCGAGCAGGUUUCCGUGUACCUGGCCUUUCUCAACAGCCUGCUCAACCCACUGCUCUACGUCUUCUCUGGUCAGUAUUUCAGAAGGAAAGUUGAUGCCAUCUGCAGGAGGGCCAGACACCAGCGCAGAGGGUCAGACAUGACCACAUAUCAGCGCUCGCUGGUGUCUACGUUUCUCAACAGAACAGAGCAAAUACGGCCGGUGGUCAUCUUUAAUGCUAAAGAUCAAAUAGGACUCUAAUGACUUCCUCCUCUGCUCUUCACAAGAUGGCACAACACUUAAUUUACAGGUCUGUAAUUAAUUGCAUUUUAAUUGAAAGCCUUAUUGAUGAAAUAAGCAAGAUUUUCAAUUCAAAAACCAAUUUUUGCUGCUAAGUUACUGAAUAAAUAGACAUCUGAGCUCAACAGUAAAAAUAUUUACAGAUUUUAAUCUUCAGGUUUUUCAACCAUCAGAUUGGAGUAAAGUUCAUCUCUCCAGAGUUUCAAAAGUCCUGAUCUUUCAUGUAGAACUUAGCGUUAGCGGAUGUUGAUUGUCUGUCAGAUUUAUGAGAUCUUGGUUCACAGAGGGGCCAAGAUCUCAGAUCUCAUCAUCAAGUAUUCUCUAUCAGGUUUCUUGGUUGUCAGAGUCCUCUUGAGCUACAUCUAGUUUACAUUUAAUCAAGUCAUUAGCAUGAUUCUGUAUAACCUGAGGGUGUAAUUCAGCUGUGUUGGAUUUGGGACACAGUUUCUGGAAACCCGCCCUUUUGGACAGGAAAUGGACAGAGAGACGAAGCAGCUGCCUGACCCAGAAUGGAGGAACAGUUUCAGGUUACAGUUCCCGUCUCCGUCUGAAGCUCUGAGGAAUUUAAACUUCACUGCAGCGGCUUCAUGAACAGACGUUGUGUUGGUGGCCARACCRGCUCUGUGUUUGAGCUGCAUGCACAGAGAAAACAUCCAAAGACCACAGGUUGGGAUUUGAGCCCAGGACCUUCCUGCUGCAAGGCAGAACUGCUACUAUUCAGCCCUAAUAUAUAAUUCCACCCUGCUGUUGCAAGUCUACUCUAUUACUUUCUAUGAUUUGUAUUUCUUCCCGACCGUUUCCUGCCUCAGAGCUCGGCUUACUUUUCAGGUUCUCUUUUUAAACCGCCAGCCUGAGGGGAAAAAGUGUGAUUGACAUGACCAGCUGACUCCGCCAACUUUAAACUUUCCUCUAUGGAAARURAUUAAUACAAUCAGCACAGGGUUGUCUGGAAACCGGCUCUUAUUAAACACAGUUCCAGGCAGCACAGUUUUACUUUCCCACUAGCGCUGAAGUGCUACCAAGCUAAUUUCUUUCAGUAUAUUCAAUAGAUGAGGGAAACUACUGGACCCACUUGGUAACGGGUCCAGUAACGGGUCGUUAAGGUUAGCAUGACGGAGGUGCUGUUCAGGAAUGUCAGUCUUUUUGUUUCCAUGGUAACGCCGUAGGGUUGUUCAGUCGUGUGACUCAGGAUUAGCUCUGAUCUCAGAUAAAUAAGUUAMCAUCUGUUUUGGUUGUAGCUUUGGGUGUUUUAGCAUAAAACACCAASUGAGCAGAUUUCUAAGGAACUUUGACAGGAUCCUGAAUCUGAAGCAUCAGGACCGGAUCACAUGCUGUAUGCUUUAUGUUGAUCUGCAUGUMGUCAUGUUGACUCGCCAUUUGAUUUUUAGCUGRGCAGAAACUCUGCAUCCCACAUUUACAACUUCUGAAACCAAUGCAUUUCACAUUUUAAUGCUUUUUAAAACAUAUUUGUCSCAUAAUCUCAUCAUGCUGUUUGGCUGUACAGGUACAGCAGGCAUCCUUAAUUGGAAACAGAACAGUUCUAUUGAGCCCAGAGGAUAAUCAGAUACUUCUCUGCUGUUCGUUUAUCUGUUUUACGUCUAUAACAGGUUCAGAUGGAACAUCAGGUCAGUUCAGAUGAAAAACGACUGUUUACAGUAAGAGAGCAGGGAGGCAGUCGGUGCGAUGUGACCCGAUGAGCCCGGGUUUAGCCAACAGCAAUCUGGGAGAGACCCGACUGCAGCCAGCAUGCUGAUGCACUAUUAGACGAUUACAAAAUGUUGAAUUCAUGGGGCUGAGGAAUAAAUUAGAGUUCUACAUUCUCAGAUAAUUAGAACCACAAAGAGAACGAGUCAAGAGCUGAGUUAUUCCUCCGAGUUAAAUCCGAGCAGUCGUGUUUCUGGACUGGGAGGAAGCCGGAGAACCUGCAGAGAACCCGGCAUGCUGAGGGAKAACAUGCUAACUCCAUGCAGAACAACUGAGCUGGGAUUCGAACCCAGCUGCACUGYGCAGCUGCAGUUUGGAUAAUACUGUGAUUCUGAUGCGUACGCAGAAAAGACUCGGGUCAAAGUGAGCUGAACCUCCAUCAGCUGGAGGCUCACGGGAAUCUCCAUGGAAACAAACGGCAGAACCAGAACCGGAUUGGGUUGCAUCUGGACGGGCCGGGUUCAAACAGACUCAACAUGACUGCAGCGUGCUGACAUCAGUUAACGGAGCCACUGAUUCACCUGCCUCAAAUCAAAUGAUUUAGGUUCCAUAUAUUUUUGACUUUGCACAAUAAAUCAUCACAUUCAUGCUAUGCAAAUAUGCUGUAAAAGAAAAAUUGUUAUUGCAAUAAAGUCCUGUUGUGUCUU